ACUAUUACUUGGGAAUAAAGCUGCAAUUUACUUUGCCUUCUGCGAUUCCCGUUCCACCACUCGGAAGCCGGAGGAGUCGGUGCCUCGAGAAAACGGACUUGUUCGAACCAAAAAGCGGUAUGGAAUCAGCUACUGAUUUGGUUGAAUACAACUACGAAGCGCUGGCCUCUUUCACUGGGGGAUUCUGUGAAGAAAACUUUAUUGGGGAUACUCUAUAUGGAAAAGUGUUCCAGGGAAAAAUUCAGCAGGGUUUGAAGACACAAGAGGUCGUGGUCAAAAUAUGGGUAAACUGUAGGAGAUUUGCGACUACUCCAGAACUUCAAAAAUCUAGAUUGAAUAAUGAAAUCAAGUUGCUGACAAAUUCGGGCCUGAAAGGGCAUCCAAAUUUGGUGAAGUUAAUUGGAUUCUGCUGUGAAACGGAACGUCUGGGAGUUGUAUAUGAGCUGAAACCGCUGGAUACAUUAGAGAAACUAAUUCUUCACGAUGAUUUUACAUGGCUUAUACGAAUCAAGGUAGCCCUCGAAUUUGCAUGUCUCCUUGAAUGUUUGCAUGAUCAACAACUCUUGCAUCGCAGUAUCGGCGCAGCUUAUUUAAUGAUUGACCAGGCUUUCAGUCCAAGAUUAUUUGACUUCCCUAUGCUUGUUGGUGGAGGUUUUGGUGAAAUUCGUUCCCGUGAAUAUGAUUUAGGGAGUGAUGGCUACAUUGAUCCACUUAUCGGUUUGACAGGUGCAUGGUCCAAUAAAACAGAUGUUUUUGCAUUUGGUGUCGUACUUCUGGGGCUCAUAGCAAAAAGAGUAUUUGAUUUAAAGAAGAGAAAGGAGCUGGGAUUGCUUAAUUAUGUUCAUAUCUGGGCCUGGACGGAGUGUGGAAAACCUCAGUCCAAGAAUUUUGGUGUUAAAGAAAAACCUCAGUCCAAGUUGUGGGGAAUGUUCAAGAAACACAAGGAGUCUCAGUUGAUCGUAAAGUCACUUGUGGAUAAAAGCCUCGAGAAUGAUGAACACUUCGAUGCUGGCGAUGGAGUCGAAAUCACAAAACUCGCGAUGCGCUGUGUGGAAGAGGAUCCAGAGCAACGACCAACAAUGAAAGAAGUUGUUCGCAGUCUGCGAGAAUUAGAUGUGGUCAAGAAAUUCAGUUGCUUCGUACUUCCUAAGAUGUCUGUUUCUAGCAGUGGUGGUGUUGUUCCAGGUUUGACUUGAGAGUUGAGGUCGGUGGAUAUGUUGCUAGUAGUUUUUAUGUUGCAACCGAGUAUUAGCACUAUGUUUAUUUUAGCACAAUCAAAAUGCAAAUUUUAUAGCACUGUGUAUUUAUGUGGUACUGUUGGAAAAUGGAUACUUCCUAAUGUUAAUGGCCUAUAUAUGUUGUGUGUUGUGAAGUGCCUUUUAGGCAGUGACA